AUGAAGGCUUACAGGGCUGCUGCACGCAACGCCGGCGCCUCUCUUACAGCGCAGAGAUGCGCUGCCGUGGCUCGCCGCCAUGCCAGCUCCGGGCCUCGCCGGGCUGGUGGGAGGUCGGGGGCGGGCAAGGCGAAGGCUUUGCUCCUGACGGCAGGAACCGCUGGUGGUCUGUACUACGCCGAUGACUACUUCAACGGACCCUUGAAGCAAUACUUUGGCUCCGAGGUUGACCAGGAAUCCAACGACGCGCGCAAGCCAAAGUACCAAAAGGCCGAGAUCAAGUUUGAGGAGGCGAGGAAGGCGGCGCAGUCAAAGGAGGAGAACCGCGACCUCAUCAGCUCUCAGCAUCUCCAGGUCAAACAGAGCUGGGAGAACCCAGGCGUCUAUGCUUGGGGAAGCAAUGUCGGCAAAGUGAUUGACCCGCAGUCCAAGGAGAACCUUGUUAAGGUGCCGAGAAGAAUCAAGCACUUUGAUGGCCAGCUACUGCGGGACAUCAAACUGUGUCAAGAUUUUGGCGCUGCCGUCACGGAGAAGGGCGAUCUCGUGCAAUGGGGCCUGGGCUUCUCAAAUACUGACCCUUCGCCCGUCGAGACGCUCAAGGGCAAGGACAUUUCCAAGAUUUCCAUCUCCAACGACCGCAUCGUCGCACUCACAUCCAAUGGGUCAGUAUACUCAGUCCCAGCAUCACGGAGCGGCCUUGCUGCAGGAAAAGAGUUACAGCAGUCCCAGCAGUCGUCAUCGUCCUGGAUCCCCUUCUGGAGCUCGGGCGAAUCUCAGUCCGUCAAGGCCAGGGACCUCACCCCCAAGAACCUUGCUUGGGGUGAAAAGGUCACAGACAUCAGCAGCGGUCUCCAGCACAGCCUGCUCCUGACCUCGAAGGGCCGCGUCUUCUCCGCGGCUUCCAGCACGGCCGAGUACCCCUCCAAGGGCCAGAUGGGUAUUCCGGGCCUGAGCUGGACGUCCCGCCCGGCAGGACCCUUUGACCAACCGCAAGAGAUCACCGGCCUCUCAGGCUUCAACAUUGCCAAGAUCGCCGCCGGCGACUUGCACUCUGCCGCUUUGGACAAGGACGGCAAGCUCUUCACCUUUGGCGAUAACACGUACGGCCAGCUCGGCCUGCCGGCAGAGCAGACCUACCAGAGAGUGGACGUGCCGUCCCUCCUCCCCACCGCCAAACUCUACGCCAAUACAGGCCUUAUCCCCAAGAUCACAUCAAUCUCCGCCGGGGGCAACAAUACCUUCUUCACCGUGGACGCCACGGAGGCCGGCGAGAGCAGCAGCCAGGUAGUCAGCGGGGACCUCGCGCCCGCCCGCCGCAUGCCACGCGUUACGGCAGACUUUUGGGCGUGCGGCCAGGGUGUCUAUGGCUCCCUCGGCACGGGCAAGUGGACGCACGUCACGCCGGGUCCGGCCAAGGUGAAGGCCCUUUCCUCGCUCUUCGAGUUUGACGAAAAGGCGAACCGCAUGGCGCCCAUCCGCCUCGCCUCCGUCUCGGUGGGAGCCACGCACGUCUCAGCGACGAUGGACAACGUCACGCGGACGGGCGCCACGACGCGGAGCUCCGACAACGACACCAACUGGGGCGCCGAUGUGCUCUUUUGGGGCGGCAACGAGCACUACCAGCUCGGCACGGGAAAACGCAGCAACCUCAACGCGCCGGCCUACAUUGGUGCCCUGGACGGGGGCGCGGGCGACGCCGUGAUGGGCCGCGGUGGCGAGGUGCACCGGUUCCAGCUCACGCCCCGGCAGACGGUGCGGCUGGGCAAGGACGGCAAGGGCAGGAAGGUGAGCUUGGAGCAGAGGGUGGAAUGCGGACGGUUCGUGACGGCCGCCUACUCGGCCGCUUAA